AGUGGCGGAGGGCCGAGAGCGCACUUCCUGGAGCUCCCGAGAAGCCGCGUUCCGCUCCUGUAGGAAAGGCGGUGGGGGCGGAGUGUAGAGGAAAAACAAGACCGAAAAAGAACCCAAGACGAACAACAUGGAGGAUACGAGCUGAAGUUAAUGGGAUGGGUGAAAGAACGUGUGGAAGAUGUUUAAGAAAUAAAAACAGGAGAAGGCGGAGGAGGGGGAGAAAUGUCUGUGUGUUCAUCCGCACUGAGCUGAGCGGCCUAGCGGACUAGCUAACGCCAGAACGCGCAGUAUCGCUGUCGGGUUUUUGUUGUUUGAACUUUUAUUUUUACAAAUUCGGGAAACAUAAACCGGGUUUUCCAAACACGUUUGUUUUAUUUCUCUGGGUAAAUAUUUCCGUGUCACGUCCUUCGCACUUUUUUCCCCUCCUCGCAGGAAAGCUCGCAUGCUAGCCCCGGUACUCCAUGCUAGCUAGCUAGGUAACUUUCCAAAGUUGUAGCUGCAGGAAAAUCUCGCCUCGGCGUCUCCAGCUGGAAAAGACAACCUUUUAUAUUUAUUUAUUUUUCUUUUAACAACCAGUUAAAUGUCCGUGGCUUUUUGGAGUCGCUUCGGCUUUGGUUUAUUUUCAUUUUAAUGCUUAGCUAGCUUAGCCGCUCCUAGCAAGAGAUGUCUGCCCCCUCCGCAGAAAUGCUCGAGACGCCUCCUGGAUAUCCUUUCGAAGAGAUCGAGUACGCAGACAUCGAAGUGGAAGAGGUGGUGGGCAGAGGGGCUUUCGGAGUGGUGUGCAAGGCCAAAUGGAAAGGCAAAGACGUGGCCAUCAAGACCAUCGAGAGCGAAUCGGAAAGGACGGCUUUUGUCGUAGAGCUUCGUCAGUUGUCUCGUGUGAAUCACCCCAACAUCGUGAAGCUGUACGGCUCCUGUCAAAAUCCCGUAAGUCCCGUGUGUCUGGUAAUGGAAUAUGCAGAAGGGGGCUCUCUGUACAACGUGCUGCACGGCGCAGAGCCUCUCCCCCACUACACGGCGUCUCACGCCAUGAGCUGGUGCCUGCAGUGUGCUCAGGGCGUCUCGUAUCUCCACGGCAUGAAACCAAAGGCCCUCAUUCACAGGGACCUCAAGCCACCCAAUCUGCUGCUGGUCGCCGGAGGCACCGUUCUCAAGAUCUGUGACUUCGGGACGGCGUGCGACAUCCAGACUCACAUGACCAACAACAAAGGCAGCGCGGCCUGGAUGGCUCCAGAGGUGUUCGAAGGCAGUAACUACAGCGAGAAGUGCGACGUGUUCAGUUGGGGCAUUAUUCUGUGGGAGGUGAUCACACGCAGGAAGCCUUUCGACGAGAUCGGAGGACCAGCUUUCCGCAUCAUGUGGGCCGUGCACCGUGGAACUCGUCCUCCUCUCAUUAAAAACCUGCCCAAGCCCAUAGAGAGUCUGAUGACCCGCUGCUGGUCCAAAGAUCCCUCACAGCGGCCUUCGAUGGAGGAGAUCGUCAAAAUCAUGACCCAUCUCAUGAAGUAUUUUCCUGGGUCAGACGAGCCCCUGCAGUACCCAUAUCAGUAUUCAGAUGAAGGCCAGAGUAAUUCUGCCACCAGCACAGGCUCCUUCCUCAGCAUGAGCAACAAGAACGACGGCAGCAUGGAUCACGGUACUUCUGCCGGCACCAGCGACACCAUCAAGACAAUCGAGAAGAUAAAACCAAAGGCCGAUCCGCUAAGGCCUGGCCAUUCUCUGUCAAGAGGGGGCAGCGUUGAGAGCCUGUCGGUGCCAGGCAGAACCCACUGCCUGCCCUCAUCCGACAGCAAACGAAUGAGCGCUGACCUCUCCGAGCUCAGACAAGACAAGAUGCCCUUCCCUACAGCGCGGCCGCAGUAUAAACGAGGCCACCGCAAAACAGCGUCACACGGCACCAUUCUGGACAUUCCAGAGAUCGUCGUCACAGGGACCUGCGAUUUUCGGCGGAGGUCUGUGCAGGAUCUUCCCGCCUUCCCCGGAGAAACGGGACAAGAAAGCCGGAACAGCAGCAGGUCGUCCAGUCCGAGCGUAAGGAUCACGCCCGACAAAAGCAAAUGCUACGGUUACUCUCCCGAUGAGCCUGCAGACACUAACGGUUGUGAUAACUCCAUUCCCAUGGCGUAUCUGACACUGGAUCAUCAGUUACAGCCGCUUGCCCCGUGCCCGAACUCCAAGGAGUCGAUGGCGGUAUUCGAGCAGCACUGUAAGAUGGCGCAAGAGUACCUGAAAGUGCAGACGGAGAUCGCUCUGCUCAUUCAGAGGAAGAACGAGCUGAUCGCCGAACUCGAUCAGGACGAGAAGGACCAGCAGAACACGUCUCGCCUGGUGCAGGAGCACAAGAAGCUUCUCGACGAGAACAAGAGCUUGUCCACCUUCUACCAGCAGUGCAAGAAGCAGCUGGAGCUCAUCCGCGCACAGCAACAAAAACGACCGGGAACGUCGUGAUGGCGUUCCAGGAAGCGGAAAAUAAAAAGGAGUCUCAAAAAAAAAAAAAAGAAAAACAGGCUCACCGACUCACUUGCACCACGUUUUCCUUUUACUUUCGUUCUUCUUUUUUUUUUUUUUUCCUCCUCGUCACCCAGUUAAUCACUUCCUGUAGCAGCCUGCAUUUUGACGCCAUGGAUUUCGGAUCGGAUCAUGGAUUGAGACUGACCGUGCACGCGCAUGCUGCCUCCAGAAACAGGAUCUAGAGCAUUGAAAUGCUAGUUUAUAACAAAACAAAAAGAACAAAAAAAGCAGUGCGCUUGUAUACACACUAACGCCACUGUCUGUCCCAACGAGCCAAAGUUCUGCCUUUUUUCUUUCUUUUUUUUUUUUAAAUACUGGAGCGUGCAGAUACGUGGCCUUACGGAAAGACCACGUCUGUGUGAAUCCCAUCGGUUCGCAGGGACGUCGGUUCCAUCCUUCGCCCCUUCCCGCAGCAGUCGAUCCUUAAGAAUGUGAACACGAAACAAGAUUUCAAAAAAAGAAGAAAAAAAAAACUGGUUUUAUUCUGAUCUUAGUUCAUAUCUUACUUUGUUUUAACCUUAUGCAAAAAUCUUUUGACAUCAUUAUUAUUAGUUUUUUGCGUGCGCCUUUGCACGUCAUACCUUGAACCCAGCGCCUGUGACGAAACGAGGGAGCCUCACGUAAUAGAAAAAAAAUGCAAUAUUAAAAAAACGCUUCAGAUUUCUUUCUUUCAUGAGCUGUCAAAUCAGCUUCACGAUUGUUAUUAUUUGUUUUUUUGUUUUUGUUUUUUUAUCUCCUCUUCUAUCAUCCACAGAGAGUGUACGCUGACUUGCACACAGUGUGGACGAAGCUGUAGAAUUCGCAGGUUUCGCUCCUGCUUGUCGUUUUUUUUUUUUUUUUUUCAGUUCACAUGUUGCCUUAGAGGUUCAAUCGCUUGCAUUUACUCGCGUUGUAAUAAGGCCGACUCGUUAGACGUAAUUAACAGUAUAUAACCAAUCAGUGUGCGUGAGUGGUUAUUUUAUUUUAUUUGUAAUUUUUUUUAUUUCGAAGCACAGAAACGGAAUCGGGAAGCUAACACGAACCAGAGUGACGUGAGCCGAUCGACCGGCAUCCGUCUCGCGCUCAUCUUUCCGUUCAAGUUGCCCGUUUAAAGCAGGUGAUGUCACUCGUCUCUGAUAACUGCAACCUUUUGUGGGGGGGUUUGGCACAGGGGCAUCAUUCACAAUUUUCACUCGCUUUCUGAGCACGAUGGGGAAAAACUUUGUUUUAUUUUCCUUUCCCGGUUGUCAUUCUUUCUGUACUGGUUUUUCUUCCUUCCUCAAGUUGCAUUUGUAUGAUGAGUGUGUCUGUAUUAUGCGUUGUAUAUAAGACGUCUGGUUUCUUAAGCUAUGGGGAGCAGGUUCGCACAGAGGAGUAUCGCAUCCUGAAAUAAAACGGACAGGUGGACACUGCA